AUGUGGGGAGCCCCAGCAGAACCAGCAGAUUCUUAUUACCAGAUUCGUCCUGAGUGCACUGAUGUCCCUAAUACCAGAUUCAAGAUUAAACCUGGUAAAACUCUAAGUGUAAGAAAAUGGCAAGCUGCAUUUACACAAGAAGGAUUCCUCGAUAUGGGCAAGACUCUAAACCGAAUCCAACGAGGGGGGAUCCAUCCAACGAUUAGAGGAGAAGUAUGGGAGUUCUUACUUGGUUGUUAUGAUCCAAAGAGCACAUUUGAAGAAAGAGAACAAAUCCGACAACGUAGAAGAUUGCAGUAUGCUUCUUGGAAGCAGGAAUGCAAACAAAUGUUUCCAGUCAUCGGAAGUGGUGGAUUCAUUACCGCACCUGUGAUUACUGAAAAGGGCCAACCCAUUCUUGAUCCUCUUGUACUACAAGAAACUAACUUAGGUGAAAAUUCUGAUUUCUUCAAAGAGCUUGAAAGCAGAGGACCUUUGGACAAGAAAGUUAUCCAAUGGAUGCUAACACUUCACCAGAUAGGUCUUGAUGUAAACCGCACGGAUAGGACAUUGGUAUUCUACGAGAAGAAGGAUAAUCUCUCUAAGCUUUGGGAUAUUCUAGCUCUUUACGCUUGGAUAGACGACGACGUUGGGUAUUGCCAAGCAGGAAUGAGUGAUCUUUGUUCUCCUAUGAUAAUGCUUCUUGAAGACGAAGCUGAUGCUUUUUGGUGUUUUGAAAGAUUGAUGCGAAGAUUGAGAGGAAACUUCCGGAGCACGGGAAGAUCAGUUGGAGUUGAAGCACAGCUUACUCAUUUAGCUUCAAUCACUCAGAUUAUUGACCCCAAACUUCACCAUCACUUAGAGAAUUUGGGAGGAGGUGACUAUCUCUUUGCGAUCCGUAUGAUAAUGGUACAGUUCAGAAGAGAGUUCUCCUUCUGCGACUCCUUGUAUCUCUGGGAGAUGAUGUGGGCAUUAGAGUAUGACCCGGAGAUGUAUUCUCUGUACGAGGAGCCUGAGUUCGAGGGAGAGAAAACAGAAGGUUCCUCGAAAGGUAAACCAAAGUCGAUAAAACAGUGUGGCAAGUACGAGAGAGAGAACAUGAAGAACGGUGGGAAUAGCGCAGAAGGUCCUUUGCCUAUCUCGGUUUUCUUAGUGGCUAGUGUUUUGAAAGACAAGAGUUCUAAGCUUAUGACCGAAGCUCGAGGACUUGAUGAUGUUGUUAAGAUCUUAAACGACAUAACUGGAAACUUGGAUGCUAAGAAAGCAUGUUCUGGCGCAAUGAAACUUCACAAGAAGUAUCUAAAAAAGCAAGCCAAGAAAUAGCAUUGGCGAAGAUUGAUGAGUAGAGCCUUUUUUUUGUAUAUUGUUUUUUACGUAACUCACAAAAUCUGGCGACAAAAAAAGUUACUGGACAGAGAUUUAUGAUUCCUUGGGUUGCAAGCAUUCUUUCACAAAGAAAACCAUUGGGAGCCCUAUCUUACACAGCACACAACAACUUCUCCUUGUAAAGACUCAUACAAACCCAUAAUGUAAUAUUUGAUGUAACAAACCAUGUGUGUGUGUUUUUUUUUCUGUAUUAACAACAACACUAAAGGAAUUGGUAAAAGCACAGAAAAAUUAUCUUCCUCCUGGACUGUAACCUCAUUGUUGUAUUUAUAAGUCGG